UUGGGGUGAAUCUUUGUGAGGAAGCAACUUUGAAUCCCCAUCAUGCACUUUAGUAUAAACCAAAAACAUUUACAGUUACUCAAAAAUGACUAAACGUGUCUAACUAGACAGCAUUGUGUGACACUGCCAUUCGGAUGAGCACAGAGAGCGCGAGUGUACUCUGCGGAGUCGGAAAUGCUGUCCGUGCAGGAAGUUCAGUAGGUUUUGAGACAGAGCCCCGCGGGAGACACGGCAGCACUCUCCGGUACUCUCAACUUUCCCCAGUUUGAUGGAGCUGAACCUACAACCUCCAUACGGAUUUUAAUGUGGAUCAUCGCUUUCGUACGAACUAGAUAUAACCCGUUAACGCGUUCGGAGAGACCUAUGCGAACUUUACUGAGCGGUUUUGUUUAUUUUGAUGCAGACUUCGUCGCCGCUCCAUGGAAACUCUCCGCGGGGUGACACGUGUAUGAGCGCAUGCAUUUUCACCCUGUCUGGAUGACUGUGGGCUUGGUGUGGAUGCAUAAGGGUGUUUAUUGUUAUUGUUGGAAAAAUAUCGCGUCUCAUUUUUGGAGUUGACGAUGUUAGGCUGCUGUUAGCUUUAGCAUAGCAAAGGCCUUGAGUCUGCAGUCUGGUUUGCGGUGCGGGUAUCAUCUGCUGCUGCUGCCUUGUUGGCUGUGGAAAUACACAUUCAGCAUUAGGACGCUCAAAAGUGCUUUAAUUGCUAAAGGAGUGUAACUUUAACAAGGAAAAAGUGUCUGGGCUUCACCGGGGAGCUGCUGCUGAACAUGAAGUGAACCUCCUGGUCAGCACAGCAGAAUACGGAUGCAACAGUCUCAUUCAACAUCAGAAACCGAUGCUUCUGAUGCAUCUGAAAAUGACUAUAGGAUAUUGGACUAAUAAAAGCUAAACACAAAAGCCCAAUGAGCGACACACGGUCUACAGUCAGUGACAGAACCAGUAGCUUUCUCAGCAGAGACCACCCUCCCGACAAGAGGCCCAAAAGUGAUAAGCUGCCCGGUACCCCAACACACGAGUUUGACCCAACAGACGUGCUGGUGCAGAAGAGUGGAUGUGUAGUGGCUGACAGGAGACCUGAGUCUUGUGGGCUAGUGCAGAGAUGCGUGAUCAUUCAGAAAGAUGAGAACGGCUUUGGGCUGACCGUCAGUGGGGACAACCCUGUUUUCGUGCAGCUCGUCAAACAGGAUGGCGCUGCCAUGCGAGCAGGUGUUCAGACGGGGGACAGGAUCAUUAAGGUGAACGGGACCUUGGUAACGCAAUCAAACCAUGUUGAGGUGGUGAAGUUAAUCAAAUCCGGCUCUUAUGUAGCUCUCACAGUAUUAGGCCGACCGCCCGGGUUGCCCCAGAUCCCCCUCCCUGAGGUGGACGUGGGUCUCGAGUCACCGGAUGUUUUCGGGGACCCUUUUAUUACAUCUCCCAACUCUUACAAUGCAGCAGAACGCACCUCCUCUCCUCUUGUAUCAUGGGAAGAGAACAGUGCUCUACACAACCAAAGAAUGGACAGCAGAAGGACUGGUUUAAAGGAUCAACAGGACACGCAGGAGAGUCCGUGUCUCAGGAACAGUGAAGAUGGCUCAUGGGCGGAAGAGGAUCAAUAUAAGAGAGAUUUCAGCCCAGAGGCUUUUUGGAGCGGAAAUUCAGUGCCAUCUGUCCACCGGCGCUUCUACCCAGCUUCUCCAGAGAGUCAGCGGGACUCUAACUGUUCCAGUCCGAAAAGUACCCCCAGAGACAGCUUCAACUCCUGCCCUUCUCCUGAAGUUGACUACGGCUCUGACCUGGAUUCUCGAUUCCCAUCCACCGUAGGGAGCCCACGUUUGGUUUCUGAGAUCAUUGCUGCUGAAGAUGAUGACUUUGACUCUGAGCAGGAGCAGGUUAAUGGCCAGUGCAGCUGCUUCCAGAGCAUCCAGCUGCUCAAGACUCGACCUGCUCAUCUUGCUGCUUUUCUGCAUCAUGUGAUCUCUCAGUUUGACCCUGCACCUCUGCUCUGCUAUCUGUAUGCUGACCUCUACAAACAGACCAACUCCAAAGAAACUCGGCGCAUCUUCACGGACUUCUUGACGUUCUUCAUAGACCGGGGGGCAAAUUUGAAAGUCACUGUGCCUGAAUCCAUCUCGUCUGAACUCGAGCGGAGGAGACCAGAAUUGAUUCCUGAGGAAUUACACAGGCAGUACAUACAGACAAUGCAGGAAACUCUCUUUCCUGAUGUACAGAGGAACCUGGAAGACUUCAGGCAGAAGCGUAGUAUGGGCUUGACCCUGGCGGAUACAGAGCUGUCUCGUCUGGACUCUGAACAGCUGGCUGUAGACAGAGAGAGAGCCUGUGCUGAAAGCAUCCUCUCAAAGAUAGAUGACGUUCUGUUGACUUCACAACCCACAGAAGAGGAGAAAUGCUCCACUAUACAGUAUGUGAUCUUCAUGUACAUGAAGCAUCUGGGAGUUCGGGCGAAAGAACAACGAAACCUGGAAUCCAAACGAGUUCGAAUUAAUUUCCUUCCUUCCAAACUAAGGAAAAGCAAAACAGAAAAGGAUGGGGAGGAGAAACUAAAAAAGUCUCGCUUCCCCAUCCGGGUGCCCCCGCGGUGGCCCGGUCGCCUCGAUUCAGUACCAUCUGGUAGGGUCGGGGACAGCAUCAAGCAAAGACCUCAGAAGCAGAUGUCUCAGCCGGCACUGGGCGGCUCAGAGCUGAUCGAUGCCGGACGUCUGAGGGGCAGUCAGUCAAGUGAGGGCUCAGACCUGCUCCACAGCCCAGGACUGAUCACCUCUUCCCCCUUUAGUGCCCCCUACAGCUCACCGUCAGACCCCUCUGGCAGGGACUCUGAGUUCAAUAUGAGCCCGUCUGCGGUGGUUCCUCGGCUCAGUGAUGGGCUGCAGUCUGGAGAUCCACUGGACAGCAUUUACCCACCCUGUGACUACAUCCCAUACAACGUGGACCAGCUGGAUGAAGACAGAGAUGGAGACAGACCUCCUGAUGUGGGCACACCUAAACCGAGCAGAAGGUUUGAGGAUCUGCAGAGUGAGGAUGAUCAGGGGAGUGAUGUUUACUCUGAUGUAGAUCCUCCAAACUGGCAGCAGCUGGUCGGGCGUGAUGUUUUAGCAGGCCUGACGCCCCACGAGAUCAAGAGACAAGAAGUCAUUAAUGAGCUGUUCUACACGGAGCGAGCUCACGUACGCAUGUUGAAGGUCCUAGACAAGGUCUUCUACCAGAAACUCAACCGAGACAACAUACUGCCCCCUGCUGACAUCAAGUACAUAUUCACCAACCUGGAGGAAAUCAUCCAACUCCACGUGAGAAUAGUGGAUCAAAUGACAGCAAUUUGCAAGAAGAACGAGACGUCUGUAAUCGACCACAUAGGAGACGAGUUGUUGUCUUGGUUCAGCAGUGGAGAGGAGGAGAAGAUCAAGCAAGCAGUGGGCACUUUCUGCAGUAACCAGCCCUUCGCCCUGGAGCUCAUCAAAUCCCGACAGAAGAAGGACCAACGUUUCUCCUCCUUCAUGCAGGAGGCUGAAAGCAAUCGACUGUGUCGGCGUCUACAGCUAAAGGACAUCAUCCCUGCAGAGAUGCAGAGGUUCACCAAAUACCCAUUAUUAAUGGACAACAUUGCCAAAUACACAGAUGAGUCAGAGGAAAAAGACAAAGUGAGACGAGCAGCAGAAUGCUGUCGACAGAUUCUCAACCACGUCAAUCAGUCUGUGAAGGAGUCCGAGAAUAAACAGAGACUGGAAGACUACCAGAGACGGCUGGACCUCUCUUCCCUCAAGCAGAGCGAGAACCCAAUGAUCUCAGAGUUCAAGAACCUGGAUCUCACUAAACGAAAGAUGGUCCACGAGGGUCCUCUCUCCUGGAAGAUAAAUAAAGACAAAACAAUUGAGUUGUAUACGUUACUCCUGGAAGACAUACUGGUGCUGCUGCAGAAGCAGGACGAGCGUCUCAUUCUCAGGUGUCACAGUAAGAACCUGGCAGGAACAGCUGAAACCAAACACAUCUUCAGCCCUAUCAUCAAGCUCAGCACUGUGCUGGUGCGCUCUGUGGCCACAGAUAAUAGAUCAUUCUUUGUGAUCUCCAUGUCCAAAAACGGAGCUCAGAUUUAUGAGCUGAUGGCCCAGACGGUGUCUGAGCAGAGGAUGUGGCAACGGCAGAUCACUCAGAGGGCAGAGGUUAUGAACACCAAACCUCACAGUGUCAUUCCUUUGCCUCAACACGAUGGCGACAGAGACGGUGUGGAGUUAAGCAAGUUCAGCAAAGGCUCUGAUCGGAUCUCCACAGGAAGCAUCCAGUCCGCAGAGAAAGACGGUGAAUUUUCGCCCUCAGCAGCCCUGCGGGACUGUGUGCCCGAUACCAACCCUGGGGAAGAGGACCAGGUCGCGAGAGCUGGCAGAGACGCUUCCUAUCAGGACUCUGAACUUUUGAACGGCAGGGAAACAGACUCUCUAUCUUGUUCAUCUAAAGCUGACGAGGCCCUGAAAACAUUGGCAGCGCUAAAGCAGGUGCUGCUGACUCAGCUGAUGGCUCAGGAUGAGGGUGAGCGAUUGGGCCGAUCGGCCGGCAGUCGUCUGCUCAGGACCACCUCUUUACGCACACCAGUGGAGCACAACUCCAACCGCACCCCUAGUCGAGCUCAGGACUACACCUCUGGCGACACAGGCUUCUAUGAGUGCCCGGAGGAUUACGCAGCGUACCUGGUUCUGGAGGGCUUCGGUGGCUCGGGCGAGAGCAGCACUGAUGAUGAUUUUCAGGUUGGGAGAAAGGAGCCUGGUUUGGCCCACAGCUGCGCUGCUGACUCUGGGAUCAGCCUGAAGUUCUCCUCGCCCUCCUCUGGCAGCACGUCCCGUCUCAGCAGACAGGUGCUCUCACACCUGCGCUGCCUGCAGGCCAACCUCAACCACCUCAAGGAGAUGGAAACUAAGUAUUAUAAUCUACUUCGCCAAAGGCCUGUCGGAUCAGCAGCAGAAGCAGACGAGAGCAGAGAGAAGAAAUAAGAGUGGCAGAAGUCGCCGGCUCCUGUGAUGACGGGGGCAUCUCUUCAGUCUCCGCACAAGCCUGUCUGCCUCACUGCUGAACACCUCCAUCCAAAAAAAAAGAGGAGGAGAAUAUUCUAACAAGCUUUCUUCUCUUGCUUCUGUCAGCACUCGUCAAUUAGGCAAGACGGACUGUCUCUUCUCUGCCUUUACCUGUCCCGACUACAUGUCCUCAUUCCAGCAAACGUGGGCAGCCCAGUCUGCUAGUCCUCGCUAGACAAUGGAGAACGAUACCAAAAUGUACAAAGCUGUGUGUCUUCAGAAUAUAUAUACAGUAUGUAACAAACAGUCGAGAACGGAUUUUUAAAAAAAACUAAUGUAUUGUUUUUUUCCUCUUUUUAAAUCCUGAGAUGUAUUUAUUUUUCUUUUAGUGUUUUUUCCAUGUUUCUUGCAUGCUUUUGGCUGUUGAAACUCUUUAAGCUGUCUGUAGCUGUAGGCAUCAGGAUGACUGAACAGGGCGAGUGCUUCCGAAUUCAGACUUUUCCCCUUUUUUUCUAUGGAAGGCCAAAUCUGUGCAGUACAUAAAGAGAGUUUUUUCUUUUUGCUGAAGGCCUCGCUCUGUUCCUCCAGCCAGCUGACAUUCCUCCCAGAGCCCUGGACUCAUUGGUUUUGCCCUCGAGACCCUCCUGGAUGGAGCUCAGGCUCUCCUGGUCUGCAGUGAAAUUAUGAUGACUGUAAAAAAAAAAAGAGAGAGAGAGAGAGAGAAUUACCAUCAAAAUAGCAGGUGAUGCAAAACUUGGAAAUAAAAAUGCAAUGAUAAAGCUUC